GCAGGUUUUUAAAAUUGACUCAUUCUAGCGGGUCAAAUAACCUACUCACAGUUUUGAUUUCAAAAUUGUCUUAACUUGUAGCCUAUAUCGUCGCUGAUUGUUUCCUGUUGCUUUUCUUAUUAAACGUGAAUGCAUUUUGUAUUCUUUCUGGAUCGUCGACCCACCUUAUCUUUUGUUCUUUUCUCCAUCUUUCUUUACUGUAUUCACCAUGCUCCCCCUAGUACACAAAGUAGAUCCUGGCUAAAAACAAUCCACUACAUGCGUUACGUCGUAGAGCAUCCAAAGCCUUACACUUUCAACCCCUUGAUUCUAGUAGCGACUUGUAUUAAUCUUGCGUUUAUAGUCGCCUCAGAAGUAACAGUACUUAAGUACUUGCUCACGCCUGUUACUCCCAAUAGAGCAUAGGCCACCCAGAAGUAAUAUAUGUUACUUGACUGAUUGAGACUAGUCAUAAGGUUGACAUUGAGUCAACAUUUGUAAUGUUAUACAAAAACCUUCAAGGACGUAUACUAAGGUUUAUUGAAGCCUUGGCUAUAAGGAAAUUGAAACCCUCUAUGCGUUUAAAAACAAUUUUCCUUAUACUUAACCUACCCUGGUAAUACUGAUUUAUUAUCCAGAGUGGUAAUCACAUUUUUUGUGUAGUUUAAUACUUCUUCUCUUCAUUACGGCUUACCUUUAACCCAUCUAGUUGACAUUUUAAUUUUCAUAUAAAAAUGUCUUAACAAGCAUACAAGUGAUCAGAUUGUUCGAAAUGUAUUGCGCUUACUUAUUUAUUAGCUCACUUGUUCUUUUGUUCGUUUCUCUUUCAAAUUCUCUUACAUACUGUUCCCCCCACUUCUCCAGCCUACAAGAUACCUUUAGGCUAGACGCAGACCUAUCAAAGGCUGAACGUUACAUGCAAUUAUGAAAAAUCCCCCAGUAGCUCUUUCACUUUAUCCUCUUGCGAACCCAAAAGGCGAAGAGCAUGGCUGUGAAGUAUGCUCUAAACCAGCAUGCUUACAAUGUGGGGUAUGCCGGAUCACGUAUUAUUGUGGAAUAGAGCAUCAAAAAAUUGAUUGGGUAGGAAUUCAUAAAAAGAUAUGUCUGGAUUUAAUAACGUUUCGAGAAUCUAAGGGAUUUGUAUCAAAGGACAAGCGUGAGAAGAAAAGCGAAGAACUUCAAAACAAAAAUCUUGAUCUGGUCCGGCUCACUCAGCUGGAGAGUCAAAAACUUUUGUUUAAAGGAAAAUCAGAGAAAGCCCUACCUGCUGCUUUACAGUGUUUGAGGUUUGCAGUGCGUGCAUAUGGAAUAGCUUGUGUUGAAUUAGUAUCACCCUAUCUAGUUCUUGCAGAAUCAUGUAUUGGUCUUGGGAAACUGAAUCAAGCUGAGACUUACCUUGCACAAGCUCAGUGGAUAGUACUUAAAGCACAACAUGGAUGCACAGAUAGUAUACAAUCACAGUUACAUCGUAAACUUGGUUUGUUAUAUGCUGCUAAAGGUAAUUAUGAACUAGCAUUGGCGAGUUUGGCGAAAGAUAUAUUUUAUGCAUCCCUCGAAUAUGGCACCGAUCAUAUUUGCACAGCUGGUGGUUAUUUUCAUAUGGCUGAAGUUUUUUAUGCGAUGUAUAAAGCCAAUGGCAACAUAAGUUCCCUUGAUCAAAACUUUCCAGAAAAGUCAACUGAAUUUGUAUAUCCUUCGGUUACGCCGGAGAUUUCAAAAAUAAAUAAACAAAAUAAGUCUCACGGUUCAUUGAUUUAUGAAAGGAAAACAAAACCAAACAACAGUCUUUCAACAAACUCAGAGUUUUGCAUUCAACCGCCUUCAUCAAAAGCUCAAGUAGUUGAAAAUUUGUAUACACGUGUAGUUAAUAUCUGGGCCAGAUACUUAAGGGAAUUAGUAGAAAGCUUGUUAUUCAAACCUGUGUUCUCUGAAGACGUUGGUGCUAUUAUGGUGGAGACUAAUCAAAAAGCUAAACAAACCCUAGGUAAUGACAUGUUAAACAAUACCUUACUAUGAUCAUUAGAAGUAUUCAGGUUGAUUUGCUAACUACUUACUUACUCCUGUUACUCUUCAUGGAGAAUCAUAGGCCACCCACCAGCAUUCUCCAUCGACCUCUGUCUUAGAUAAACCAUUAUGGUUGUUUUUAAUUGCUAUUCAUCCUUUUGAUGUCUGCUUCCAGUUCCCGAUCCAAUGUGUUAUUUGAUCUUCCUCUCUUCCGUUUUCCUUCAGGAUUCCAAGUUGAUUUGCCAAAUAAAAAUUCCCGAAAUAGUGCAAUUUAAGGCAGGUAGAACUAGAUGAGCACAACUGGUCGUAUUUAGAAUUCGUAAGAAGCACACAAUCUAGUACAGAGGAAUAAUUAGUUAGUACCAAUAUCACACGUACUUAGUUCUAAUAUCAAAACUAACUUUUGUUCAGUGUUUCAGAUUGUAAGGCCUACUGUGCAGAAAGUUUCUACAAAAUUCGAGGACUUGCUAUUUUCUACAUCUGGAAUAUUUUAUAUUGAACCUAAGAAAUUACUCGAAAAUGACUU